ACCAUGUCCUCACAUUACAACACCGAACCGCCGCCAACCGCCUCGGUCACACUAAAUACGACCAUCGGACCGCUACACAUCUCCCUCUUCGCAAAACAGACGCCGCUCGCCUGCAAAAACUUCAUACAACAUUGUCUCGAUGGAUAUUAUACAGGCACUGUAUUUCACCGUGUGGUUCCCGGCUUCGUAAUCCAAGGCGGCGACCCGACCGGCACUGGAUCGGGUGGUUCAUCAAUAUACGAAGACCCAGAAUUCGAAUAUGAUCCCGAAGCUCGUGAUCCAAAUGAAAAGGUAGUCUUUCGUGAUGAGAUACACAGUCGACUACGAUUCAAUCGUCGAGGUCUUGUGGGGAUGGCGAAAAGUGAAGAUGGGACUUAUGGGAGUCAGUUUUUCAUUACGCUAGCAAAUACCGAGAGGGAGAUGAAUGGGCAAUGUACGAUGUUUGGAAGGAUCGAAGGCGAUAGUAUUUAUAAUGUGGUCAAGAUUGCUGAGGCGGAGUUGGUUGAGGGUACAGAUCGACCGGUUUAUGCAGUGAAGGUCACGGGAUGUGAGGUUGGAGAGAUGGGUCCGUUUGAAGGGAAGUUGAAGAAAAGAGACAAGGUUGCCAAGGUCAUUGAGCCGGCCAAGGGAGAUGUCACGAUAAAGAAGAAAAAGAAGGCAAAUGGUGCGAAGACGUUGCUUAGUUUUGGAGGUGACGAAGGAGAGAAUGGGGAGGAUAUAGCUGCCAUUAAGUCGAAAAAACCCAAGUUCAACACCAAACUAGUUUCAGCUGGGGAGUCGCUGGAAAUGGAUCCCAAGACUCGUUCAGAAGAACGAAGGAGUUCGAUUACGGAAGAGAAGCAACCGGCGAAACGACUUAGAGCGUCUACACAAAUCCCAAGUACAGAGAAACAGACACAAAAGUCACAGCCCAAGAGCCCCGACCCCUAUACACAGGUUCCUCCGAAAGACCCGGAAGAACCAGAAAGAUCGCCAUCUCCGACUCCACCUCCAGCUGCGAGACAGUCGGUAUUGGAAAGAACUAAUGCCCAGAUUGCGUCUCUCAAGGCGUCAAUGCGCCGGGAUGUUACGGCUCCUGUAGAAACAGGCAGGAAGAAGUCGGCACUAGAGGCCAUGAUACCGAAAACCUCAAUCAGAGGUCGAAAGCGACCUGCAUCUGGCAGUGCUACCAUGAAUGGCGGAGGCCGAAACUGCAGCUCAGGCGCAGAAGCUGAAGCAAUGAAGUUAUUCAACGCAUUCAAAGCGAAACUCGAAAGUUCCGACGUGCAAAGUCAUUCGGACAACAAGAAACACAAAGGAGAUACGAGAGAUAGAUCGCAAAACAUCACCAAACCAUCAGAAGAGGUGGAUGACGAAGAAGCGCAAUUAUGCGAUCUACACUUCAUUGCAAACUGCCAGUCGUGUCAAAACUGGGGUAAAAGUGCCGACGGACCUAGUGUAGAUGCUCAAGCCCAAGACGAAGACUCGACAGAUUGGAUGUCUCAUCGUCUUCAGUUUGGUAAGGACACGUUAGGAAAGGACUUGAACUGGAAAAAGGAGCAUCGAGAGGAUGUGGACUCUCUUAUGGUCAUUGAUCCGCGAGAAAAGGAAAAGGAGAAGACUGGGAGAGAUAGGGAGAGGGAGCAUAAAAGGGAGCGAGCAGGCGAGAGGGAAUGGGAUCGUCGGUGA